AUGUCGAGCUACAUCGAAUACACUCUAAGCUGGCUCUUCGCCAACGCCAAAGGCCGCGAUGCCAAGCUCUUCUCCAAAAGCCCAGCAUUCUCCCAAUUCCCCAAACCAACCCUCAACCUCGAAUGUCAAGAAGUAGGCUCCUCAGGAUCCAACCUGGACGUGGAGCACUCCGCAGACGGGGUGGGCCGUUUCCCGACGCUAAACUGGCCAACGGCAUCACCCGAGAUCAAACAGUAUCUGUUGAUCAACGAGGAUCCAGAUGCGCCACUGCCGAAUCCCAUCAUCCACGGUAUCUACUAUGGAAUCCCUGCAUCUGUAACGACCAUAUCCGCCGAGGAUAUCGAGCCUACCACAGAAGAUGGAGUUCUUAAAGGUGGGUUCCGAUAUGGCAAGAAUCGCAGGGGGAAUGUCUACAUUCCUCCUCGGCCGUUACUCGGUCAUGGACCCCAUCGGUACUUUUUCACCCUGGUUGCUCUGACCGAGCCGGUUGAUCCUGCUAGGUUGAGUGCUUACCCCACUGUUGAUGAGAUGGCGCGGGAGAUCGAUGGAAAGGUUGCUGCAUGGGGCGAGUGGGUUGGUGUGUACGAGAGGAAGUGGAAAUGA